UCUUCAAAAACAUCAUAUUGCAGAUAUUCAGUAUUCAGUUGUACGUUCAGUUGUUCUUUAGUUUACUACUGGAGUUCUAUAUUUCAAAUGGAUUACAAUUAGCUACAGUUAACUUGUGCGCUUUUACUCAAACUUCAGUAUUUGCAAAUAUGUGAUAGAAGCUCCACAGUCGAAAUGGAUUACUUGAAAGGAUCAGAACUCAUAGCAAGCAUUCAAGAAUUUUUCGGUGUCAGUAAAAUGAAAGAAAAAUCUAGCACUUCGGAUAAGGAGUAUGUAAUAGAAAAUAAAUUUUGGUACUACUUGUUCGUCUUCAGCACUGCUUUAGGGGAUGAAACAUUUUAUUCAGCAUUUAUACCUUUUUGGUUCUGGAAUGUUGAUGGGGCUGUGGGAAGGAGAAUGGUUUUGGUAUGGGCCAUUAUUAUGUAUGUGGGUCAAGGUAUUAAGGACAUCUUACGAUGGCCCAGACCGGGACCUCCCGCAGUCAGACUUCAGCACAAAUGGUCACUGGAAUAUGGCAUGCCCUCUACACAUGCCAUGGUCGGGGUAUCUAUACCAUUCUCCAUUAUUCUCUACACCAUGGACAGGUACCAGUACAACGUACCAUUGGGCGUUUGCGCCGCUGUUGUUUGGUGCACGUUGAUAUGUAUUAGCAGAUUGUAUCUGGGAAUGCACACAGUAUUGGAUAUCAUUGUGGGCUUGGCCUUAGCUAUGAUCCUGAUGAUUCCAUUAGUACCAAUCGUGGAUUUUCUAGACAGUUACCUUCUAACGAAUCCCAUAUCACCGCUUCUGUUACUGGUAUCUUCUAUACUAGUUAUAGUAUAUUAUCCAAACAGCGGAAAGUGGACGCCAACAAGAGGCGACACCAGCAUGAUCUUAGGUGUCUGCGUGGGCAUCCACGUCGGCGCCUGGCUAAACUACCAAACAGGCCUGAUUCAACCUACCACGAAGCAUCUAGCCGCACCUUAUGUCAUCAUGUGGCCAUCCUACUAUAUGCUUUUCCGCAUGCUCUUACGCACAAUCAUCGGGUUCGUAUGCGUACUCCUCACCAAAGAGCUUUUCGGGCAUUUGACCUACCACGUGUUGUGCGCGGCGCUGGGUGUCGACGUGGACGAUUUGAAAAAGUCUGAGAACACACUGCAGAAUAAGCACAAGACUUUCGUGGAAUUGAGUUGUAAAUAUGUGUAUUGCGGGAUGAUCGGGUUCAACACUCUGUAUAUGUUGCCGCAGUUGUUUAGGGCGUUAGGUAUUGAGAGACCAACUUUCUUCACGGAGAUUUAGUGACUGCAGAGUAUUGUUUCAAGGUCAUUUAGAGCUAAAUUCGAUCAGUCUGGUAGAUAAAUGCUUGGAAAUCAUGUAAUUUCUCAGGAGGUUUGUCGUAGAUAACUUGGACUGGCGUGGUUUGUAGAUUUUUGUGAUUACUGCACAGUGAACACAAGCAGGGAAUUGUUUUCAGUUCAAACAUCUGCUUGAAGUUAGAAAUUUGCUGCAAGCGUAUGUAGAACAAGCAUUUUAUAUUCUGUGAGUUAUCAUUAAAAAUUUCGGCACCAACACUUAUGAAACAUUCCUAGAAUUACGGAAUGUAUUCUUGUGAAAAAUCGUAUUUUUGCGGUUUCCUUCAAUCCUAAUAUUCACUUUGAGGUUGAAAAUUUACUGCAAGCGUUUAUAGAUCAGGCAUCUCGGGAUGACUGAACAUGGUUUUCAUACCGAUUAUCCUCUAUGUUUGCCUGGCCGCUAAACGAAAUCGCACCUCUGGGUGUGUUUUCACGUUCGCGGAAGGCUUUUGGCAUUUUCGGAACGAUGGGCGAGGGUGGCGUAUCUAAAACAUUAAAAAAACGAUGGAUAACCUCAUGCUCGUUUGUAGCUUUGGGGGCUGGAAGUCCUCAGCAUUAUACGUGGUGGCUGAAAAGUCGUAUCAGUAUUUCAAAGGCAUGUGGUUUCAUUUAGAGGCCACUAAAACAUGGAGGAUUAUGGAAGAUUUUAGCACAAAAAUGUAUUAAUAUACGUUUCAGAAGGAUUCAGUUGACAGCAUUUAAGGAAUGCAAUCGUUCAAGACAUUUGUAUCUUCAUAUUCCCACAACUGAGAGUUUUGAAACCCAUUUAUGCAUAUUUCAAAAUGGAUAAUAGAUUAUACGUUGCCGAAGACGCGCAACUGAUCAUUUUUGAAACUUGAAGCCAUAAAGGAGUGAUCUUGAAAAACAAGUAACCUAUAUCCUAUCGUAUGAAUCUGUUUGAAUUUGUCAGAUAACAGUGAAUAUUUUCUCAAGCAUCACAUUGAAACAUAUCAUUGAACUUCAUACUUUUAUCCAGUGCUUCGACAAAAAUGUAGCACUGGCCUUGUUGGUAGGCAGUAGUAGUAUUUUUUGAGUUUUUCUUCUGGUCGUAGAGGGAAACUUCGAAUCUUCUUAGAUACACGGCGCUACUACUCGCCGGGCAUGCCCGAUUCACCACAAUUUUUAGAUGGUCUCCAAAAGUCAUCUCGUUGUCCAAGACACACUACAGACCUGCUGGGUGUUAGCUGCAAUGGACUGUCAACACUGAUGGAACAGGCGUAACGCGAAUUCAUUGCGGCUAGAAUGAGAAACGAGAAGGAUAGCGCUAGUCAGGGAAAAACAUUGGCAAAACAUCGUGGUCCAUUGUGGUAUUUCCAUAUAUGUUCUAAAGAUUUCCGGUGAAUGUUUGUUUUUAGUGACGUUAAAGAUUAAUAUUGAUAGUUUGCGACAAUUAUUAUAAACAUUUUUAUGCCGGACAGCCUUCAACAGCUGUUGUUUUAUGUGAUAUUUGUUUAGAAAUGGUUGAAUCUUGCAGUGUGGUGAAUUGUUGCAAUAGACACAGAAAAGAUGUGAAAAUGAAGUUUCACAGGUUGGUUUGAAUCAUCUCAUUUAUUUUUGUGUGAGAAUUACCUGUUAAUUGGCAAUUCGAGGAAAUAUCUGGAUUUUUAGGAUACCUAGAGAUCCUAACAUGAGGAAGUUGUGGUUACAUGAUAUAAGAAGAGAAAACUUUACUCCCAGUACAACAACGGUAAUUUGUGAAAAGCAUUUCACUCCAGAGGAUUAUGAAGUUAGUGUUCAUGGAAAUAAGGUACUAAAAAAGGUGGCAGUUCCAUUUGUGUUUGAUUUUCCAGCCCAUCUCAAGAAAGAUCCUAGCCAUCGAAGGGUUUUGAAAAGAAAACAUGAAGAAUCCUCCGAGUCUAAGCUUAAGGUUUUAACUUUUCUACUUUUAAAAAAGAUAUUUACAAUGAUGAAGUGGGUCUUAGUAACGUAAUUAUUUUUAGAACAAACUUUGGCUAUUGGUGAAGUAGUAGAAGAACCUGAAAAUGGCGAUCAAGCUGAUGAUGGAAAUAUAUUGGCAGCUGAUCCAUCAAACGUAACACAAAAACUAGGAUUUUUAGAAUCAAGUGAACCUUCACACAUAUGCAAUUUAAGGUAAUUGUCAUUGAACUUUAUGUUUCUCAUUUGUUACAACCUCUUUUUGUUUGUAGGGUCAGAAGAUCAGCAGUAUACUUUGGGGAUUUCAAAAUUUCUGAUUUAAAUAAUGUGCAGCGUCGGAAGAGAUUUUGGAAAACUGCUCAUGAAACUGUUCAUAAGUACAAAAAAAUAACAAGUAUAAUCAGUGUAAAAUUCGUAGACAAAGAAAUAAAAUAAAAAGUCUGAAUAGUCUGGUAGAUGAACUACUUAAAGAGAAGAGAAUAUCUGCAGCUCAGUCAAUAGUAUUACCUGAAUUAUUAAUUACUUAUGUUAAAUACUAAUUUUCAUAUCUUCAAAUGUGUAAAGGAGAAUUUAUUGUUAAGUUUCAUACAUAUGUAUAUAUAAAUAAAUAAACUUGGUUUUUUAAUUAUAAUUACGUUUCCAGGAUUUUAUCUCGUUCCAGUUGCCUGAAUGACUUUUAAAUCUUCUCUAAUAAUCCUCGGUUUCCUAUGCAAUUCAUUCAAGUCCGCGCGCUUUUUGCUCUGACUAGCUCCAUCUCUUUCUCGGACCUCUUUGUCGUAUGUUGGCCGCAUUAUCGUUUCAUUGUACAAAUGGGACGGGGCGAUUCCAUCAGUGUUGACAGUUCAUUCGUUAGCUGCGUGUUCCUGAUUUUAAACAAGACGUCUCGCCUUUUUACCCUACUGCCUCGCAGAAUCGAGGCUUCCGUUUUUCCGGUGCUAGUUCUAGCUUGUGGUCUAUCAUUUAUCUAUCUAUGAUGGUUAGCGCCUCAUUUGUUUUCCGUAUGAGGUCGAUUUCGUUGUUGGCCGUAGAGAUAACGGCCAGGUCGACGGCAUAUGCAAUAGUUUCGAUACCUCGCUGCAGGGGGAUCCUUGACACUCCAUCAUAAAGUAUGUUCCAGAGGAGAGGUCCCAAUGCAGAGCCCUGUAGAAAUCUGCAUUUUCUUCCCUGCAAUCGUGAUUGUUCUGGUGUUCAAAUAGCUGCAGAUAAGGUUGCAUAGAUAUCUGGACACCUGGAUGUUUAGGAGCUCGCUGAUGAUGAGGCUCCCUGAGGCAGUGUUGAACGCAUUUCCCACGUCCAGCAUCACAAGCGCGCACCAUUUAUGCGUACGCUCCUUGCAUGUUGCGGUAAAUGUCUAUGGUUGAUUUUCCCCUUCGGAAGAGGAACUGGUGCUUAGAGAGCCCUCCUUGGCUUUCGAUUUAUCUCUCGCUUGGAAUUUCAUACAGCUUGCCGACCGUAUCCAGCAGAGAGAUUGGCUGGUGCGAUGACGCCAGUUCUGGAGGUUUUCCGGGUUUACCAACAAGAAUCACAUUUGCUCUCUUCCAGGCUACAGCGAAUAAUUGCUGUUUCAAGAGUAGGCUGUAGUAGUAGUGGUGAGGAGACAAGGCCUUGCAACUAGGUCAACUUUUACCGUUUUUAGCGACCCUGAACACUGAACUACUCCACAAGCCAUCAACUAGUAAUUUAUUAGUUAAUCGACCAGCUCCAGCAAUGCAGUGUACCGAUGUUGAUCUUGCCCCAAUUUAAUGCGUACUUUAGGUAGGCAGCUCAUAUUGCUUGUACAAUCUAUGACUGCCAUUCUAUCUUUCUCUUUUACACUACUAGUUACACGUACAAAACCUAUUUUUGGGGUAACCUGUACUAGUGCUUGAGCUUAGUAAAAAUUAUAUUGACUCAGUAUAACUCAUGUUUCAAAUUUUACUGUCUCCACGACUCUUGCUACAAUUUAAAAAUGCCGAAUAAUAAGAGUCUCUUACCCUUUAGAGCCUCUUUAUGAUUUUAAACGAAUUUUUUGUUUUAAUGUAUUUUGAUGAAGCGUGGUAGACGUAAUAAUUCGUCACUAUUUGUUUAUUUCCACACAAUUUAUGUUUUACAAUGUUAUAUUUUGUUUAGUUGUCAUAUAUUUUGAUGGGAGUGUAGCCAAGUAAUACUUAUUUUGCCAUUUAGUGACUUGCAAUCAAACGAUUUUGUGAUAAAUAGAUGUUAAUUUGAUGUAUAGUAUUUAUAGCUCGU